CUUUGUUGUGUGUGGUAUCAGUGUCAAGUAUAAAGUUUAUUGCAGGUGUUUGCUACAGCUAUUUUUUCUUACCUGAGCCAAGAGUGUAGACCUGUAUCAAAUUAACAGACAGGUUCUUGUGCAGGGCUCCUUCUGAAAAAGUCUGAACUUGUAGGACACAACAGAGCAUUAAUCUGCCUCUAUUCCCAAAAGAAAGAGCCAAAGAUAUAUUUUCUACCUCUAAAUUGUGUCCUGGAUGGAAAGUCAAUCCACCGAACUUAAAGUUUAUUGAGCCAGAUGAUCAUUCUGUGGCACAGCAUAGUUUACCUGUUGGGUGAGCUCAAAGAUCGACUGACAGGAAGAGAUGACAAAAACAAAGAUGUCGAGAAGACAGACCAAAACCAGGAGCUUCAUUCUUCACCAGAGACUGUUAAUUGGGAGUUCCACUCACAAGAAUUGUUACCACAGCAAACCAAACUUGAAAAUGGAAAUCCAGAAUUUUGGCAACAAAAAGAAAAGGAUAAAGAGACUCCAAACAUAUUAAAACAUUUCCAGGACAAUAAACUAGUGUUGGACAGCACUGUCUAUCAAAUGACUAGAGAAACACUGAUCAACUUGGAAGAUUUCAACUUCCAUCUGAUUGAUUCGUGUGAGCAGAAAUUUCAGUCUUCAAGGGUAGAUCUAUUUGAGACUUCAACCAUAUCUUCAGAUGAACUGUCUGAUGCAGAACUUAAGACCACAUCUUUGAACGAAAGACAGCUCUUUUUGACACCAAAACUUACCACACCCAUGUCUGCAGUGUCAAUAUCAUUCACUGACAAUAACAACUGUAUGCUGUCAAACAAUACCCCACUCAGUGUGGUUCCAGGGACUGUCCCAGGACUAUUCUACCUGAAGCUAAAUGAUCCACCCAGGCUUGAUCCCAAGUGGAUCAAAUUUUGUGAAAAAAAGGGAAAUGAGGUUUUAGUGUCACCUACUUUACUUCAGGAAUCUAUUCACCACAGUUGCAGCCUGUUAUCUGCAUGCAGUAAUUGUGCAAGUAUUCAGAAUCCCACACACUCACAAAUGAUGUGCUAUGUGGGGCAGAAUCACAAUGGCAGUGGACUACAGUGUAUCACUCACAGCCUCUGUGAGGAAGGAAGCUGGGUUCAGAGUCAGUUCCACUCUGAUCUACUAACACUUGCUGUUCCAUGUGAAUCUUGGCCACAAGAGACGGACAUAUUCUGGCCCUGUAAAGAGGCCUUGGCCAAAGCCAGGGAGCUUGGCUGCCAUAUUGUACCAGCUAGAUCUCAGAACAAUAACAGCUCUUUGCUGUGGCGUUUCUGCUUUGACCUUCCAUGUCAGACCAUGAUAAAUUCUCUCUGUGAAGAGUGGAGACACAGCUUUGCUACUUUCAAAAAGCUCUGUCACGUUUAUCUCAUAGACACUGCCAUGACUGACGAACUUGUAAGAAAUCUCCUUUGCCACGUUGUCAGUGACGUUUCCAAAAGAAACUGUGAAAAUGACACAGACAAACUGGGACUACUCAUCAAAAAACUUCUGCAGUGUUUAAAGACCCAAAGUUGCCCAUCCUAUUUCCUGCCAGAAUACAACAUGUUGAAGUCCUGGUCAAGCAAUGACAGGACCCUAGCGUACCAAGGCGCCCUAGAGCUCCAGUACAGCAUCCAGUGCCCAGAUAUCAUGGGGUAUAUAUCAGAGGGAUCAGAGUGUGGAUCCCAAAGAAGUCACCUACCCUACCUGCCCAGCAACAUCACCCUCACCUGGCUGGAAGCAUUGGCAGCCUUUAACCAGAUUUCCAACUUUGUCCCAGAAAACUUCAGCGAAAGACAGGUUGAGAAAUUAUUCAUGCAGGGAGAGAUCAUUCCGCUCCAGCUGGUUGAAGCCGUCAUCCAUUACGUGAGAACUGAUGGGAAGUUUCCUCUCCCCCUCUGUCUGCACACACCACAAAGGCAACAGUUCUUAAAUUUCAUUAAAGCAAGUGUUCCAGGUUCUGAGGCUAAACUCUUUGCUGAGAAAACCAAACUUUUACAAGGUUUCCUCUGUUUACAGUAUGCCAUUCUGGAGAGAAUGGAAGAAUAUUUCAAUGAGCACCCUGAGGAAGCCGUUACUAUCGAGUACGAAUAAAUGAAAUUAAUAAGUGUAGGGU